ACCACCACCACCCCCUACAACAACUGUACAGCGACAGGCCAGCAGCGAUGGCGACUCAGGCUCAGGCCAUGCUCACUCAGCUCAAGGGCUACGUUGGCUUCGACAGCAUCACCCAACAAAUUGAGCGCAAGCUACUCAAACGCGGCUUUCAGUUCAAUGUCAUUCUCGUUGGACAAACAGGCUUGGGCAAGUCGACGCUGGUCAAUACGCUCUUUGCGUCCCACCUUAUCGACACAAAAGGCCGUACCUCCCCUCAAGAGCCCGUUCGCAGCACCACAGAGAUUGAAGCCGUCUCUCACAUGAUUGUUGAGAAUGGCGUCAAGCUGCGAUUGAACAUUGUGGAUACGCCAGGGUAUGGUGAUCAAAUCAACAAUGAUCGUUGCUGGGAUCCCAUCAUCAAGUACAUUAAGGACCAGCAUUCAUCUUACUUGCGCAAGGAACUGACGGCGUCGCGUGAAAAGCAUAUUGUCGAUACGCGUGUGCACUGUUGUCUCUUCUUCAUUGCACCAACAGGGCAUCAGCUCAAGCCUCUUGAUAUCAUGGUCCUCAAAAAGCUGAGCGAUGUUGUCAACGUCGUGCCUGUCAUUGCAAAGAGCGACGCAUUGACGAUGGACGAACGCAAGGCCUUCAAGAAUCGAAUUCGACAAGAGUUCAAUGCCCAUGGUUUGCGCAUGUACCCCUACGACAGCGAUGAGCUUGAGGAUGACGAACGCGCAUUGAAUGACACCAUCAACCAGAUUCUGCCAUUCGCUGUGAUUGGCAGUGAAAAGACAGUCAACAUUGGUGGUCGUGAAGUCCAAGCGCGACAAAACAAGUGGGGAACCAUCAACAUUGAGGAUGAGAAGCACUGCGAAUUUAUGUACCUUCGCAACUUCUUGACAAAGACGCAUUUGCAGGACUUGAUUGAAUCGACUGCCUUGAUUCACUACGAGUCUUUCCGGGCAAAGCAGUUAUUGGCACUCAAGGAGCAGUCUGCUGCCAUGUCUCAGCAUUCUGCGGGACAGCAGCGUAAUACAUCAGGCCCUUACCCUCGUUAGAUUUCUUACUUUGGCUUUGGCCAGUAGUUCAGUGCACCUUUGCAGCGCCGUACCUUUAGUUAUUUUGAGCUCUUCCAACCACAGGGCUCUGUGCGAUUUGA